AUGACACCAGAAUCAACCAAAGACACAAUGGAAACAACUACAGCUAUGUCCUCAAGUGUAACAGAAACUUCAACCAGUACCUCACCGGAAACAAGUCCCUCACAACCUUCUACGAUCACCAGUGAGCCUGCCACUACAAAUCAACUAACUUCAGCAGUCACGGACGGGCAAAUAUCUUCCACUACCAUUGGACUCUCAUCUACCCAGGGAACUGAAAGUACAACUGCAGAGCCAACUGACUCCACAACUGCAGCGGGAACGACCCUUGAAGAUCACACAACGACUUUAGAAAUUACAACAAUUCCAGCUGAAACAGCUACCAUUGUUACACAAGAACCAUCAGCUAGCCCAGAUACUGUGACAAACCCAACUCCCACAAUCACUUCUGGUCACACAUCAGUGCCAUCUGAAGUUACAAGUGAGUCUCUAACUAGCACUGCUGGUACCUCAACAUCAAGUGAGGCAUCAACAACAACUUCUGAAGCAAACACAUCUGCUGAAGAAUCGACAGCGACCUCAGCUGGUUUAACAAGUGCAACUGUGGAAGCUACGUUUUCAACAUCGGGAGUGACCAUGACACCAGAAUCAACCAAAGACACAAUGGAAACAACUACAGCUAUGUCCUCAAGUGUAACAGAAACUUCAACCAGUACCUCACCGGAAACAAGUCCCUCACAACCUUCUACGAUCACCAGUGAGCCUGCCACUACAAAUCAACUAACUUCAGCAGGCACGGACGGGCAAAUAUCUUCCACUACCGUUGGACUCUCAUCUACCCAGGGAACUGAAAGUACAAAUGCAGAGCCAACUGACUCCACCACUGCAGCUGGAACGACCCUUGAAGAUCACAUAACAACGUUAGAAAUGUCAACAAUUCCAGCUGAAACAACUACCAUUGUUACACAAGAACCAUCAGCAAGCCCAGAGACUGUGACAAGCCCAUCUCCCACAAUCACUUCUGGUCACACAUCAGUGCCAUCUGAAGUUACAAGUGAGUCUCUAACUAGCACUGCUGGUACCUCAACAUCAAGUGAGGCAUCAACAACAACUUCUGAAGCAAACACAUCUGCUGAAGAAUCGACAGCGACCUCAGCUGGUUUAACAAGUGCAACUGUGGAAGCUACGUUUUCAACAUCGGGAGUGACCAUGACACCAGAAUCAACCAAAGACACAAUGGAAACAACUACAGCUAUGUCCUCAAGUGUGACAGAAACUUCAACCAGUACCUCGCCGGAAACAAGUCCCUCACAACCUUCUACGAUCACCAGUGAGCCUGCCACUACAAAUCAACUAACUUCAGCAGGCACGGACGGGCAAAUAUCUUCCACUACCAUUGGACUCUCAUCUACCCAGGGAACUGAAAGUACAACUGCAGAGCCAACUGACUCAACAACUGCAGCUGGAACGACCCUUGAAGAUCACAUAACAACGUUAGAAAUGUCAACAAUUCCAGCUGAAACAACUACCAUUGUUACACAAGAACCAUCAGCAAGCCCAGAGACUGUGACAAGCCCAUCUCCCACAAUCACUUCUGGUCACACAUCAGUGCCAUCUGAAGUUACAAGUGAGUCUCUAACUAGCACUGCUGGUACCUCAACAUCAAGUGAGGCAUCAACAACAACUUCUGAAGCAAACACAUCUGCUGAAGAAUCGACAGCGACCUCAGCUGGUUUAACAAGUGGAACUGUGGAAGCUACGUUUUCAACAUCGGGAGUGACCAUGACACCAGAAUCAACCAAAGACACAAUGGAAACAACUACAGCUAUGUCCUCAAGUGUAACAGAAACUUCAACCAGUACCUCACCGGAAACAAGUCCCUCACAACCUUCUACGAUCACCAGUGAGCCUGCCACUACAAAUCAACUAACUUCAGCAGUCACGGACGGGCAAAUAUCUUCCACUACCAUUGGACUCUCAUCUACCCAGGGAACUGAAAGUACAACUGCAGAGCCAACUGACUCCACAACUGCAGCGGGAACGACCCUUGAAGAUCACACAACGACUUUAGAAAUUACAACAAUUCCAGCUGAAACAGCUACCAUUGUUACACAAGAACCAUCAGCAAGCCCAGAGACUGUGACAAGCCCAUCUCCCACAAUCACUUCUGGUCACACAUCAGUGCCAUCUGAAGUUACAAGUGAGUCUCUAACUAGCACUGCUGGUACCUCAACAUCAAGUGAGGCAUCAACAACAACUUCUGAAGCAAACACAUCUGCUGAAGAAUCGACAGCGACCUCAGCUGGUUUAACAAGUGCAACUGUGGAAGCUACGUUUUCAACAUCGGGAGUGACCAUGACACCAGAAUCAACCAAAGACACAAUGGAAACAACUACAGCUAUGUCCUCAAGUGUAACAGAAACUUCAACCAGUACCUCGCCGGAAACAAGUCCCUCACAACCUUCUACGAUCACCAGAGAGCCUGCCGCUACAAAUGAACUAACUUCAGCAGUCACGGACGGGCAAAUAUCUUCCACUACCGUUGGACUCUCAUCUACCCAGGGAACUGAAAGUACAACUGCAGAGCCAACUGACUCCACAACUGCAGCGGGAACGACCCUUGAAGAUCACACAACAACUUUAGAAAUUACAACAAUUCCAGCUGAAUCAACUACCAUUGUUACACAAGAACCAUCAGCUAGCCCAGAUACUGUGACAAACACAUCUCCCACAAUCACUUCUGGUCACACAUCAGUGCCAUCUGACAUUACAAGUGAGUCUCUAACUAGCACUGCUGGUACCUCAACAUCAAGUGAGGCAUCAACAACAACUUCUGAAGCAAACACAUCUGCUGAAGAAUCGACAGCGACCUCAGCUGGUUUAACAAGUGCAGCUGUGGAAGCUACGUUUUCAACAUCGGGAGUGACCAUGACACCAGAAUCAACCGGAGACACAAUGGAAACAACUACAGCUAUGUCCUCAAGUGUAACAGAAACUUCAACCAGUACCUCGCCGGAAACAAGUCCCUCACAACCUUCUACGAUCACCAGUGAGCCUGCCACUACAAAUCAACUAACUUCAGCAGUCACGGACGGGCAAAUAUAUUCCACUACCGUUGGACUCUCAUCUACCCAGGGAACUGAAACUACAACUGCAGAGCCAACUGACUCAACAACUGCAGCUGGAACGACUCUUGAAGAUCACAUAACAACGUUAGAAAUGUCAACAAUUCCAGCUGAAACAACUACCAUUGUUACACAAGAACCAUCAGCAAGCCCAGAGACUGUGACAAGCCCAACUCCCACAAUCACUUCUGGUCACACAUCAGUGCCAUCUGGAGUUACAAGUGAGUCUCUAACUAGCACUGCUGGUACCUCAACAUCAAGUGAGGCAUCAACAACAACUUCUGAAGCAAACACAUCUGCUGAAGAAUCGACAGCGACCUCAGCUGGUUUAACAAGUGCAGCUGUGGAAGCUACGUUUUCAACAUCGGGAGUGACCAUGACACCAGAAUCAACCGGAGACACAAUGGAAACAACUACAGCUAUGUCCUCAAGUGUAACAGAAACUUCAACCAGUACCUCGACGGAAACAAGUCCCUCACAACCUUCUACGAUUACCAGUGAGCCUGCCACUACAAAUGAACUAACUUCAGCAGUCACGGACGGGCAAAUAUCUCCCACUACCGUUGGAGUCUCAUCUACCCAAGGAACUGAAAGUACAACUGCAGAGCCAACUGACUCCACAACUGCAGCGGGAAUGACCCUUGAAGAUCACACAACAACGUUAGAAAUGUCAACAAUUCCAGCUGAAACAAUGACCAUUAAUACACAAGGACCAUCAACUAGCCCAACGAUAGAAGCAAUAACCACAACACAGUCUCCAACUCCCACAUCUACCACACCCUUUCUAACUACUCAAACUACAUUACCUUUCACAACCACACCCAACACACCAUCAACUACCCCAACUAUCACACCUUCUACAACCACCCUAAUUACAUCAACUACCGCACCUUCCACACCUCCAACGACAUUAACUACAUCAACUACACCUACCACACCUUCUCCAACUACCCUAACUACAUCAACUACACAUUCUACUACACCUAUCCCACCUGCCCCUUCUACUACACCUAUCCCAACUACCCCUUCUACUACCCCUUCUACUACACCUAACCUAACUACAACACCUACCCCUUAUACUACACCUAUCCCAACUACCCCUUCUAAUACACCUACCCAUUCUACUACACCUACCCCAACUAUCCCUUAUACUACACCUAUCCCAACUACCCCUUCUAAUACACCUACCCCUUCUACUACACCUACUUCAACUACCCCAACUAACCCUUCUACUGCAUCCAGUCCAACUUCUACAACUGCAUCUGCUUCAUUGACGUCAACUUCACUCUCAACAACUGGACCUCCGAUAAUUGUGACUGUGGACACUAUUGAAGUGUCAACAGAUGUCACUGUUAGACUCAACAAAACAUUUAAAGAAGAAUACAGUCACCCGUCAACACAGGAAUACCAAGAUUUCACAAAAAAUUUCACCAACGAUAUGACCUUACUGUACAACCGCACUAUUAACAAUUUUAUCGGCAUAGUAAUAAUAGGACUCAGGAAUGGCAGUGUAGUGGUGGAGCAUGUGGUUCUACUGCGCAUAGAGAAUGGGAAGAACCUAAGUAAUGAGAUUGCUGAGUCAGAAAAACAAAUCAAGGACAUUCUCAAUGCGGCCAAAAACUGCACCACAGGCCAAGUAGGCUGUAUUGGGGUGGACAUAAUUGGAGAUGUCAUAGUAAAAAAUUCCACAUUUGAUAAAGAAUCGGUAUGCGACACGGCCAAACUAGAUAAGGACUUGAGGAUAUACUACCAUGCAGCACAAAUAGAUGGGCGACUGGUCUGUGUCUCUCCCUGUGCCCCCGGACACAACAGGGAAAAGAACUGCAACACCGGCACCUGUAGUAUGUCAAGGGACGGUCCGGUCUGCAGAUGUAACCAGGACAACUGGUACCUAGACUCUGAUUGCUUCGGUCCUAUCCUGAAGAGGGACCUCUUUGCCGCGCUACUGACCCUGGCAGGACUGGUGAUAGCAGCCGCGGGGGUCAUGGUGGUCUAUGUGCCCUGGCAUAGACGACAAUUACAUAGGGUGAAAGAUAUCCAUACUGGACAAGUUAACCAGUGGCUGGAGGAAGACUUUGAAUGGCCCAACAGGCCAAAUAUAGGUGGACACUUGGUUGGUUCAAGUAGUACCACAGUCCUAACAGAGAAUGAGCCUAACCCACCUUAUGGGGGCCGAGUGGCCUUGCAGUACGACGCAGAGGGAGAUUCCCUGUCAUCCUCCAGUACAAGGCUGCCGUCUCCCUACCAUGGAACACAGGCACAGGUGUCCAGGAGGCCUGAGAUCAUCUGCCAUGACUACAGUUCCUGGGGUGCUGAUAGGGACGCCAUUCAAGUCAUACAGACUACUGCCACCUCGUCAGGGCAGCAUUUUACAUUGAGUGACCCUGGCAGCCAAUCAGAGCUUAGGAUCAGCAUACCGGAGAUACGGACUUACUCUGAGAUCUAGUGGGACAUCCUCAACUCUUAAAAAAAUAGAACUGGACAAAGAACAGGUUUCUCAUCGACCACGGAAUAAAGCAGAAAGAAAAAGCAUCUCUUAACGGACAGUCUCCUCUUUGGGAGCGAAGCCUGAAUAACGGUUGUGGGAUGAUUAUUAACACUACACAGGAUUGUCCAACGAAGCAUGGAGUCACUGAUACAGGAGGAUGUGAACUCCAACCUCAGCUUCAUUAAUGGAAUAAUCUGCUCUCAAAUCAAUCAACCUAUCAGAAUAUCAGGAAACAACAUGUUUUAAAUGCUCUACUUCAGUGACGCAUGUUUACAAUAAAUCUGCACAAUGAUAUAUGUUGCUUGUACCAGUUUACCAAUUAGCAUGGCUUCUUUUGCACUUUAAUACCACAACAAAUUAAUGUAAAUAAUGUUGUAAUAUCACAUGUAUAUAACAAUCUGUCUUUAUAUAGAACAGACAUUGCACUGUGGUAGUUCUUAUAAAAUCAAAACAUUUUUUAAAUGUGUACCAAAAACUAAAAACUUUCCAGACUCAUAUUUGUAAACUGCAUAAUGUCAAACCAAUAAUACAAUAUUGUAUCACACAUAAAUAGAACAAUAAACGCAUCUGAUGAAAUUGGCAGUCAAAUGAACAGUGAAUGAAGGCCAAAGUGAGCCAUUUCUAAUCAGUGCCGCAUUCUCUUGAUCUUGUUGUUUGGCUGCAUGUUCAACGUUCUUUGGCUGUGCUCUCAUCUCAUCUUUUCCUGUGCUCAAGCUCUAAUUUAUGUUACUCCUACUUUGCCUUUAGUUCUAACUCCCUCGGUUGAACAUCUACGGGACUCACCCCACUACCCGUAGCACCCUUAUCAUCAGUCCUCCACCAGCACUCAGCACUUUGACUACUGCUUUUGGAUUGCCUGAUGCCACUUUGAUGUCAUAAUUCUUAGCGAUGAUGAGCAGAUUCACCUUCGUACAUGUAUCUAUCUCCCAUGUAGGGUUUUCCACAAAUGCUUCCAAUGAGCCUGUGUGAUUUUGCAACUUAUAAAAUGAUUCCACUAGUCUUAUAACCCAUUAGGGUGGAUGUCAGUGACAGCAACUCUACCACAAAAGUGUAUUUUGAACACUCAAAUAUCUGAGCACAGCAGAGCCUCAUAGUCUGAGAUUAGAGCAACUAUCACAGGAAACAAAAUCCCGGACGAGCCCCCUUUCUGUUACGUUCCCCAGCAAGAAACCAAAACAUUUCACUCAAACAGAAGGAGGAACUAACAAAGAGUCACUAACAACCAGAACAAAAGGGAAGCGGGGAUGAUCAUCUAAAAGAUUGUUUUUAGGGAUAUCUAAUAGUGAGCGCCAACUGACGGUGUUAAUCCUUCACAUCUCUCAAGACAACUGGAACACUGGGCCAGCACAGGUGAAACACCUUCCGACUAAAGAGAUGAACAAGCCAGCACAGGUGAAACACUGUUAGAGGAAAUUAUGGUUGAAAUGACUAAUUAUGUAUACAUUCCAAUCAGAACUGACUAGUCCAAAUGCUAUAAUGUACUGAACAUGUGAAUUUUCUCUCUUGCUCCCAUUCCCAAUUGUAUAUAAUGUAGUCAGGAGUUUAGUAACAAUGAAGGUCUGUUCCUUAGUUCAUACAUUUGUACAAUCUCCAGGUGGUAGGAACGGCCCAUCUCCAGGCUGUCUAGAAUGUUGAUUUAUACUGACUGGCCUUGACUUCGUGCUGAUAACGCGAAGGCUCGAGAGCUAGAGGGCCCCUCUACUUGUGAUAUAGAUAGAACGUUUAGAAAACGCUGACGUCAUUUUCAAUUUAUAACCUGUGGAAAUAUGUGUAUGUGGUUAGUACUCUCUGGAAUUAAACGCUCUUA